AUGUCCGACUUGAAACAGCUUCGCCUCACAUGCAAGCAGCUCCAGCCACUGGUCAACGAGCAGCUCUUUCGUACUGUCGCGAUUCAUAUUACCGUCAAUAGCAUCAAAAAGAGCGUUGAUAUGCUCCAAUUUUUGGCGACUAGGACCACUGUCCUACAAGACGCUCGAGAGCUCGUUCUCUGCUCUCUUUCUCCGGCGCACGACCCACAAUACUAUGGACCGUCCUACGUACGCGUUGGCGACGAAUGGGUUCUUGAACAGGAGCCCGCAAUUCCAGCAGAAGCACAGUCGGCGACGAAGCAAGUGGCUGGGUGCCUUCGGGAUGCCUUGCGCUCGUUCAGGUGCCUUACAACUAUUCGGUGGUUUCCUGUCCAGCGGGACAGUAAAGAAGUUCAGACUGCCGUGAUCGAAGCCCUGGCUAGUCUUCCCACAUUGAAGAACCUUCAUCUCGACAUCACUAACUGGAAAGCACCAUUGCCGGUCGACAAUCUGAAGGACUUAGAAGAGAUCUCGAUUUCUGGUGCAUGCAGCAACGACGAGACGAUGGACAAUAUCGGAAGGAUGAUUGCCCGAUCACCGGAGCUCAGGUCUCUCAAGGUUCCCCACUAUCGAAACUAUGGCCCAUCGCUCGGGAAAGCACGAAGUCUAUACCAACUUUUGGAAUAUUGCGACCCAGUUGUUUCUCUUCGCCUUCGGCAUCUCUCUUUGCAUUGUGCGCUGGUUCGCCUGGAUCACAUCACGCUCCCUCAUCUCAGAAACCUAACGUCGCUCGAGUUGAUAGGGGUAUAUGACCCCUUCAAUGCCGAAACUUGUUUCGGUUAUCGCCGAUCUCAAGACAGUACCGAGGCCAUGCUCGAGGCUCAGAAAGUUGGGUCUUCCACAGAAGAUAUUUGGAAGGCUUUUGCUACAGCGGGUGCUCGAUUAGAGGAGCUCAAACACGACAGCGCCCCUCGUUCUCUCCUCAAAUAUCUCUCAUCUUACUCCGGGUUGAAGUCUCUUGAUAUCACGCCCACACACUUCGACAGCGCAAGCCUCUCCGAUGCGGCAGCCACAGAAUUUUUCUCUACCUCUCUGAAGAGUCAUGCUCAAACAUUGGAAACCCUGAAGAUAUCACCUCCUUUCGAAGGGAAAUGGUGUUUCAACUCCUUCAAUUCAACGCUCCUUUCUCGCUGCACCAAACUGAAGCACUUACAUAUCUCCAUAACGUCUUCCAAAUUGGCGACAUACUCUGAAGAUGCGGGCGCCUGCGAUGUUGACGACUCAAAACAGAGCACCUUGCACGAUCUUGUCAAUCUCGCAGCCGAAUCUAUGCUGCGUCUCGAAACGUUGACUGUUGAUCCAGCAAAUCUGGAAAGCCUAAGAGAAGAGCUUUGCGGAAACCCCGCCAUGUCGCACUUUGCUCGUGCCACUCGAAAAAUGGCCGAGAACAUGUAUCACUUUCGCGCUCAACCACCGAUUAAACGACUUCCGACACUGUUUGUGGGUAAGAAGAAAGUCUUCACGGAAGAUAAAAACAGUGACGGUGAAGGAUUGCGGUACUACGAUCAAAAUCCUACGAUAGACGAAUACGAGGACUGGUAG